UAAGGUAGAGUGGCAUUCUAGAGUAUCGUCCUGCGAGCUCCGUCGCGCCGUCGAAAAGGUUUCCCGUCAAUCGAACGGAGCGGUGUUUGGUUUAUUUUUGUAACAAUUUUUUUUUAAUCGCGGGGAAAAGUGCGGCCCCGUUUUUGCGCCCGUUUUGGAAGAGGAAGAGCUCUGAUGACCCGUCGUAAUCGGUACAAAUGUCGGCUGAAGAGGUUUCCGAAAUUGUUGUUUUACGGCGUUUGUUAGACGACAAGAAGGGCGUUUGCGAGUCCUCCAGAACGGACAGCGGCUUCAUAUCGGGCGAGAUAUCGGAGGAAAUCACCGAUUCGGGCGCCUCCUUCGACGAGCACCAGGUCCACGACCGUCCGGCCGCUAUUCCCGAAGAACGACCCGACGACGAGGAGAAGCCCCACGAACCGAUGAUACUCGACAGCGGCGUCUGCCUGAGCGACAGCUUCUCCAAGAUCGUCAUCAAAGAGAGGCGACCGCAGGGCCUCAACGAUCUGAACAGUCCCAGAACCAAAUCGCAGACGCCUGUUGAUUCCGUCAGGCCGAGCAAAAUCAAGCCGUCGGCCGAGGUGCCGUGGAAGGCCUAUUACGAACAAGAUGAGGAAGGCGAUACGCACUUGCACGUGGCCAUAUCGCACGGCUUCCUGGAGGUGGCGCUGGCCCUGAUCCGGGCCGUGCCGCACCCGCGCCUCCUCGACACCCCCAACGACGACGGCAAGACGGCCAUGCACCUGGCCGCCGAGUCGGGCCAGUGGCGCGUCGUCCGCUGGCUGCGGGUGGCGGGCGCGGCGCCGUGUCCGCGGGGCGGCCCGCGCGGCGACUCGCCGCUGCACGCCGCCGCCGAGGCGGACGACGCUCGGACGAUUUGGGCGCUGGCCGAGCCGGUGCUCGCGCAGGAGAAGGAGCAGCUCGGGCUGAGCUACCAGGGACAGGUGUACCGAUCGUGCGAUUUGGACCAGUGGAAUUUAUUAGGUCAAAGUUGCGUGCACGUCGCCGCGGCGCUCGGUAACCUCGACGCCCUGAAGCAGCUGGUCCGGUACGGCGCCAACGUCAACGCCAAGGAGGGCUGCACCGGGUACACGGCGCUGCACUUGGCGGUGCGCGCCGCCAGCGAGGAGACGGUGCGCUUCCUGGUCGACUGCGAGCACGUCGACGUCGACCGGCUCUCCUACGGCGGCAAGGACGCCCUGGAGGUCAACCGAUCGGCGUCGAUGGAGAUAAGGAGGGCCCUGAAGGGCCGGGGCCUGCCGUCGCCGUGCACCAGCGACGACGAGUUCGACUCCGAUUCCGGCGACGAGAUGAAUUUCGAUACGACGCACGUGUUUUCCGCGCAAAUGGUGAACGCGUCCGCCUAAGAUGCAAAUCGAGCAUCCACCCCGCGUAGACGAGAACGAAUUAAAUGCGGCUCGAAGUACGAUGUGAAGAGGAAAAAGAAUCGGCCAAAAACGAGCGCUGUGAUGAUUUGAUUAGAGCAUUGCAAGUCUUCAUGGAGAAAUUUGUUUCGUUCUACCCGAUAUGCAUAAGUUUAUGUUAGAUUUUUAUUUUGAGAACGAAGGCAGAUUUUUGUUUGUUUGUUAAAUUUCGCUACUUAAGAUGGAAAUGCGAACGAGACUGUACAGACUUUUUAGUUUAUUUUUUUUGUUGAAUUAAUUUUACGAACUUCCAUCUUUUGUAGGUGGAAUUUUUUAUUUCGUGAAUUUUAUCACGAGCCCCUAAAGGAACGUCGACACCGGGAUUUUCUGCUAAUUUUGUACCUUCUACUUGUAACCAAGUUAUAGGAUUUGAGGUGUCGAAAUUUCUUUUUAAUAUGUAGUAGAAUUAAAAAAUUUACAAGACUAAUGAACAGAGUGAAUGUAUGUGUUCCGUCUUUAAAUUAAAUAUAUAACUGUAAAUAAUAAUGUAAUUAUUUUUCACCAGCUAAAACUUUGUCAGAUAUUUAUUUUCGAUGUCUUAUGUUAAAUAUAUACGUAUUUUGUAAAUAGUAACAUUUAGUUUUCAAUUAAUUCUUCCAUUCAAUAAAAUAAUUUAUUUUGAUUUAGGUAGUUUGAAACAUGUCCAAACUUCACAUUGACUGUUUUGGUUAAACAAAGUUCAAUACGUGCGUUUAAGUACAAAAUUACCUUGUCCAUUUUGACCUUAUAAUUUACAUGCGAAUGGAAAAUUAGAUCAAAAUUAUGCUGUAUGGUAACUGCUAGUAAACAAUAUUUAUUUCUAUUAAGUUACAGAGAAAAAAAAGAGGCUAGUUUAAUGUAUAAGAUAAUUGUUUGCCUCCAAACCUACAAAUAUUUACAUAUUUUUUUUAUUUGUUAUUUCCAUUAAAACGAUUUACACACUAUGAACAAACGUCGAACGUUAAAAUUUUACUUUAACAUAAAGUAUAAAUUAUACAGAGUAGUACAUAAAUAAGUUUUGUAAAUUAGAAGAAUGUGUUGUUGAUCGUGCAAGUUUAAAAUAUAUAGCGUUUCCCGAUAUUUACAAUAAUCACUUACAUCAUACCCUGCAUAACAAAAUAAAACUCUUCAACGUAAAUCGUCCCUUUAUGUAGGCGAAAUAAAUAUUUAAAUAAUCGCAAGGAUAUAAAAAUAUAUCUAAGACUUUCUCUACUGGUAUGGCUACAAUUAAAAAGUAUUUAUAUAUUUAUAAAGCUACAAAUAUACAUUAUACAAAACAAACUAACGUAAGAUAAUAAUUUUCGAAGACAAUUAAUAAAUUUGACGUUUGAAUUAAAAUAAAAUUAAUGUAUUCAACUUAAAUUAAUUGGUUUUCUAUAAUAUGAAUAUUAUAAAUUUUUAAUCAACAACGAUAAUUCUAAAAAUUCCUUGUAGAAUCCUUAUAGUGCUCCCAAAGUCAAUCGAAUAUGGUUCGAAAAUAAGAAAUCGACUCGACACACCAACGCUCUUAACAAAAUUUUUAUCAGCCUAUUUAAUACUGAGCGUACCACACGUUUCUAUUACCUUACCAGGAGGAGAUCGGUCACAUCCAACCGUACCAUAUUUAACCAACUUCGGACAAAAAAAAAAUGAUAAUUAUACACAAGCAUCGCGCCAAAUCGACAACGCCCAACGGUCCCGUUCGACGCCUAACAUCAAAUGUGCACGGGCACGUGCAACAGCAACUGCGCCCUAUCCGAAAACAUCUCGCUGCACAUCUCGCAUUUGAACACCGCCUGCGCCGCAGCGUUCGCGUGCUGCAUCGAUAUCUCGGCCAGUUCGCGCAACGACGACGCCUCCUCCAACGCCUCCUGCUUCACCGCGGCCGCCUCCGUCGACGGCAACUCGUUCUCCGACUCCGACUUCUUGUUCCGCGAUUUCUUCGACACGAUCAUCCCGCCUUUGACCAAUCUCACCUAAAAAAUUCCACAGGUUUUAAGACGCCUCGAUACACGGAAGAAUCUUGCGAUCGC